UUCAUUUGGAAAAACAUGUCCCAGUUAGAGGCAACCAUGAACCUGACAGCUCCUCUGCUGCUGCUGCUGGCCACCGCUUGUGGGAUCAGCGGGGCUCGACUGCCCAAAGCCUUGUGGCAGUUUGCAAACAUGAUUAAGUGUGCCCAGCCAGGAGUUAACCCUCUGAUGUACAACGGUUAUGGUUGUUGGUGUGGCUUCGGGGGCACAGGAACACCACGGGAUGACCUGGACAGGUGCUGUUAUGCCCAUGAUAAAUGUUAUGAAAGCAGCAGAAAGAGUCCUGGGUGUGGGGGCAUUGCUGAUCUUCCAUAUGUCCUGGUUUAUGAUUUCUCCUGCUCAGAUGACCAAGUUACCUGCUCAGCCACAAAUGACAAGUGCCAGGCAGCCGUGUGCGAGUGUGAUCGCGUGGCAGCUCAUUGCUUUGAGCAGGCUGAAUUCAACUCUGAAAACAAGGACCUGGAUCCAAAAGUCCACUGUGUCAACUGAGUAACAAUCAAUAAAGAAGCAAGUUUGCACCA